UAAUUUGCACAUUACUUAAUCCAAGCUCAUUAGACUAAAUACUAAAAAUACAUAUUUAAAAAGGGCCCAUUGCGUUUUCAUAUCAUUCGCAAAUCCAUCGGGAAUAGUGCAUCAGUGACCUUAUAAACUAGUCCUAGUAUCUAGGUAUAGUCAUACUUAUUAACUGUCUCAGGGAAAAUUAAAAAGACAUCAUGAACACAGCAGCGUUAGCCGUAAUCCUCUGCAUCAUCAGCUCAGCCGCCUGCUCCCCAGUCCUCCACCAGUUCGACAACGAAGGCCAGCCUUGGACCGAAGCAUCCAACAAAGUAGACCAAGACUUAGCCCUUAGCACAACAGAUGAUGUCGCUCCAAUGAAAGACCUGACGGAUAUACUCAAGAAUUUGCUCAAGAUGGCGCUGGCAAGGACAGAGUUGUCUGAUGAGGGUGAUGAUGAUGGCUUGUCUAUGCCUCGCCUGGUGCGCAGGACGCUGUCUAUGGUUUUUGGGCCGUAUGCUGAUGUGGCCAGGAGUGUGCUUCUGCCAAUGCUGUCCAGUGCCGUUUCGAUGAUUGUCGAGUCAUACAUGUGAGCAGUCCUUGCAACUACUAGAGACGCUGUGUGGACUCUAGAGGCACUAAUUUGAUUAUGACCUAGGUCUUCUGCAUCGCUAAACGGAAGACAA